AUGCCGGAGCAAAGCAAUGAUUAUCGAGUUGUAGUUUUUGGUGCGGGUGGUGUUGGAAAAAGUUCCCUUGUAUUGCGGUUUGUCAAGGGAACUUUUAGAGAAUCGUAUAUACCAACAAUUGAAGACACCUACAGACAAGUGAUAAGCAGCAACAAAACUAUAUGCACACUACAGAUUACAGAUACAACAGGAUCUCAUCAGUUUCCGGCCAUGCAAAGGUUAUCAAUAAGCAAGGGUCACGCAUUCAUACUUGUUUAUUCGGUGAGCAGUCGACAAUCCCUCGAAGAGCUAAAGCCAAUAUGGCAGACGAUAAAGGAAAUCAAAGGUGCAGAUUUACCCAACAUACCAGUCAUGUUGGCGGGAAACAAGUGUGACGAGAGUCCAGAGAUACGCGAGGUAUCGGCGGCAGAAGGGCAGGCGCAGGCGCAAACAUGGGGCGUCUCCUUCAUGGAAACGUCAGCGAAGACCAACCACAACGUUACGCAACUUUUCCAGGAAUUAUUGAAUAUGGAAAAAAACAGAAACGUAUCGCUGCAAGUGGACGGCAAAGGAAAGAAAAAGAAGGACAAAGUGGUGAAAGAUGGCGGCGAAGCAUCAGCGAGCGGUAGGGAGAAAUGUGUCGUCAUGUAA